UUUCGUCCCACCUCCUGCCUUGAUUAUUUGCUGAAGGGCGCAUCCGCCUGUGGAAUGUACCGCCUCUACGACUCUUUCGGCAACAGUUUCCCAGCAUACUGUGACUUCAAGUCCGAGCCUGGUUUUGCAUGGACCCUGGUGAUGUCCUGGGCUCAUAAAAAUCGUGCCUGGUCUGCCUUCCGGAGAAAUUCCUUCAGGGAAGACGCUCCUGUCAACGAGAAUUCCCUUAUCUGGAAUAUGUACCGCCUGAGUCUGACUCGAAUGAGAUCCCUAAAAGCCCACUCCACUCACUGGCGAGCAAGUUGCAGCUACCCGACCCAUGGCAUCGAUUUUACAGACUAUAUCCGCGGUAACUUCAAGGACUUUAAUAUUGUCGACUUUAUUGGGUCUGGUCAGUGCAAGAAGGUGGAGUUCGUGAAUAUCCGUGGGCACAAUGGCGUGCAUCUCACCGUACGCUUCUGGCAAGCGGCUAAAAGCUACUUUUUGCACACAGACAGCAGUUCUUCCGGCUGUAACUUUAACGCGAGGUCCGGCUCAGUGUCAAGUGAAGAUAACUUUGGUUAUUAUCAUACCAUCAACCCCAAGUUUCGUUGCACAGCGGGGGAUCUUUCCACCACCCAGUGGUGGUUUGGUGCCCAUUUGUAAGCGACAAUGGCGCGCACCAAAGGGUCUUCAAAACGACAGAAAACGACUCUCAGCACAUAAGUAUUGAUUCUGUAAACUAGACUUAGGAAAUGAGAAUGUAAUCUUUGAAAGACUCUUCAAUGAAGACUGAGAUCUCCAAGAACUGAGUGUAUUCUUGAGUUCUUAACCGUUUUCGCGUUCCUUUUAUGAGCAGUUUGGACUAAAAAAAACUUCAAUGCCACAAUCCUUUAGUUUGUACACAGUUUCUCAGUUCUGCAUAUGCGUAAACUCUAGCAUGCUCAUUGGCUUAGAGCAGGUCCAUUGGUCCCAGUCCUAAACACUGCUAAAAGUUGAAACUUUAUUCUAUUAAGGUAUUUAGUGUAUUCCGAUAGAAUCAUGAGGGCCAUUUUGAAAAUUCGACAAAACUAAGCAUCAUAUGUUCACAAGUACUACACGAAUUUCACUUAUUAAGACAGUCAAACAAACAGACAAAAAAGUGGGUCACUUGACACUAAAUCAAUCAUUAACCGCUGUAACUGAGAGUUUUCUUUUCGAGACUAUCUCGUGAUCGACCAAAACGUUCGUCAAAAGCUCAUGUUAUCAGUUUGUUUACUUCUUUUGUACAAGUAUGCACUUACCUUAAGAGCGAUCUGAACAGUCGUUGAGAAUAUUUUCAACUGCCAUCGAACGAGAAACGGUUUUUAGAAAGGAACUUAUAGUAACUGUGCUGUCGAAGCUUACCAAUAUCGAAGCUUACCAAUAUCGAAGCUUACCCAGACACCGCGAGAAAACACGGAUAUGGAGUUGAAAGCAAUCGCAUUAAUUGGAAUCGUUUUCUUGGUGAGUGGGUCUUUUACUGACUUUUUCAUCAUGUGUCGAGGCUUACCCGUGUAAACCGAUAUUUUUAACAGUAUUAUUUUGGACAAAACCGGAUCUAGUUCAAAACUAAUUUACAACCAGGAAAAAAUUUAGUAGAUACUGACGCGUAGAAGCUCCCAAAGCUGUCUAGGCCUUUCACGUGAAUCAAGUUUUGAAACCGAACAGCCUCGGCUCUCGGGUUCGCGCCCUAAUACUCAUUACUUGGUUCUCGAAAUCAAAGCCAUAAAAACAAUUAAAACCGGAUUAAUGAAAAUAAAAGCAAGAGAAAAUUCUCAGGCAAGGGUAGCAUAUCACGAAAAUGAUGUUUAGUUGUUGCGGACUAACUUCAAAGUUUGUUUAUAAAAUAUAGCUGACCAUAAGAACUAUACAUUUGAAAAUUUCUUACUGCUACACUUGAGUUCCUAACAAUGGUCGUAUGCAUCUGUUCGAAAGAGUUUCCAAACUCAGAAAUAGGAAAAUUUAAUCUGUGUGGACUUCAUGACGAAUUUGGUAUAUAUGGUUGAUUACCCGCGGUAUUUUGUUUUCUAGGCACUUACAGAAGCAAACAACAAGAACCCGCUACAUUCGUCAGGAUGCAAGGUAGGAAGAUUUAGUCAUUUCAUUCCCUAAAAUCGCGCAGCAAAGAUCACAAUGCAUUAAGGCAUUGAUUAGAAAAUAAAAGAAUGAAAAUUAUUGAUUUUAUGAAGUUUGAAAUUCUGAUUUGGAGCACAGAAUGCUUUAAUAGUUAAUCUAAUUUAAGAUUCAUUCAGUUUGGUUUACUAACCUGCGAACGAAAGAAAAACCCAAAAAAAUCCCACUUUCUCCGCUGUUAAGGACUAACUGAGAAUGACCGGAGUUGUGUUGUGUGUCAGGUAAACUUGAUUAAUUUUUUCAGUCAAACGGAGAAGUAACAUAUUAAGCCUGCUUCCUGAUUCAGGCAAAGAAAAUCAGGAAAAGGUACACAUCAGAAGAAGGCAACGUGAGCCCAAAGUAAACAAGGCCUCAAACGCGUGAAGACCGUAAUUCAUGCGAGUAAGUCGGGAUUUGCUGAGGAGAUCUUUGAUUUUGCAUCUCAUUGAUUGAAAGGAUGACGCAAUCGCUCAGCACCAGUCACAAAAGUGCGCUGUUAAUGAGAGUUCCGGAUUAUUUUCCAUUCUCACUGAGGGUUAAGGAGUGGAAACUAAAACUUUUAACAUGCCUUCCCACCUUAUUUAGUAUUAAUUUGCAUUUCUAAGUCUUAAGAUUUCCUAAUCUCGCCAUGGAUGGUCUCUAUGGAAACCUUCGUUCACUCUCCCCCUUCGUAUGUUGUUUUUCAGCCCGACCCUUCAAUCCCAUUGAUUUUUUUUUUUUUAUGACUGCUGACCACGCUAAUUUUAUUCCGCUGACUUUCAGGGAGAUUCUUGUCCUAAAGCAAAAGAUAACUUACAAGGCAACGAGAAAUUUCGUCCCACCUCCUGCCUUGAUUAUUUGCUGAAGGGCGCAUCCGCCUGUGGAAUGUACCGCCUCUACGACUCUUUCGGCAACAGUUUCCCAGCAUACUGUGACUUCAAGUCCGAGCCUGGUUUUGCAUGGACCCUGGUGAUGUCCUGGGCUCAUAAAAAUCGUGCCUGGUCUGCCUUCCGGAGAAAUUCCUUCAGGGAAGACGCUCCUGUCAACGAGAAUUCCCUUAUCUGGAAUAUGUACCGCCUGAGUCUGACUCGAAUGAGAUCCCUAAAAGCCCACUCCACUCACUGGCGAGCAAGUUGCAGCUACCCGACCCAUGGCAUCGAUUUUACAGACUAUAUCCGCGGUAACUUCAAGGACUUUAAUAUUGUCGACUUUAUUGGGUCUGGUCAGUGCAAGAAGGUGGAGUUCGUGAAUAUCCGUGGGCACAAUGGCGUGCAUCUCACCGUACGCUUCUGGCAAGCGGCUAAAAGCUACUUUUUGCACACAGACAGCAGUUCUUCCGGCUGUAACUUUAACGCGAGGUCCGGCUCAGUGUCAAGUGAAGAUAACUUUGGUUAUUAUCAUACCAUCAACCCCAAGUUUCGUUGCACAGCGGGGGAUCUUUCCACCACCCAGUGGUGGUUUGGUGCCCAUUUGUAAGCGACAAUGGCGCGCACCAAAGGGUCUUCAAAACGACAGAAAACGACUCUCAGCACAUAAGUAUUGAUUCUGUAAACUAGACUUAGGAAAUGAGAAUGUAAUCUUUGAAAGACUCUUCAAUAAAGACUGAGAUCUCCAAGAACUGAGUGUAUUCUUGAGUUCUUAACCGUUUUCGCGUUCCUUUUAUGAGCAGUUUGGACUAAAAAAAACUUCAAUGCCACAAUCCUUUAGUUUGUACACAGUUUCUCAGUUCUGCAUAUGCGUAAACUCUAGCAUGCUCAUUGGCUUAGAGCAGGUCCAUUGGUCCCAGUCCUAAACACUGCUAAAAGUUGAAACUUUAUUCUAUUAAGGUAUUUAGUGUAUUCCGAUAGAAUCAUGAGGGCCAUUUUGAAAAUUCGACAAAACUAAGCAUCAUAUGUUCACAAGUACUACACGAAUUUCACUUAUUAAGACAGUCAAACAAACAGACAAAAAAGUGGGUCACUUGACACUAAAUCAAUCAUUAACCGCUGUAACUGAGAGUUUUCUUUUCGUGACUAUCUCGUGAUCGACCAAAACGUUCGUCAAAAGCUCAUGUUAUCAGUUUGUUUACUUCUUUUGUACAAGUAUGCACUUACCUUAAGAGCGAUCUGAACAGUCGUUGAGAAUAUUUUCAACUGCCAUCGAACGAGAAACGGUUUUUAGAAAGGAACUUAUAGUAACUGUGCUGUCGAAGCUUACCAAUAUCGAAGCUUACCAAUAUCGAAGCUUACCCAGACACCGCGAGAAAACACGGAUAUGGAGUUGAAAGCAAUCGCAUUAAUUGGAAUCGUUUUCUUGGUGAGUGAGUUUUUUUACUGAAUUUUUCAUCAUGUGUUGAGGCUUUGGACAAAACCGAAUCUAGUUCAAAACUUAUUAAUCACCACAAAAAUAUUUAGUAGAUAUUGAAAGAGACUUAGGUCUUCCGCGUAGAGGCUUCCAAAGCUGCCAUUGCCUUUCAUGUGACUCAAGUCUUGAAACCGAAUAGCCUCGGCUCUCGGGUUCUCGCCCUAAUACUCAUUACUUGGUUCUCGAGAUCAAGGGCAUAAAAAGCAAUUAAAACCGGAUUAGUUAAAAUAACAGCAAGAGAAAAUUAUCAGGCAAGGGUAGCAUAUCACGAAAAACAUGUCUAGUUGUUGCGGACUAACUGUAGGUUUGUUUAUAAAAUGUAGCUGACCAUAAGAACUAUACAUUUGAAAAUUUCUUACUGCUACACUUGAGUUCCUAACAAUGGAAGUAUGCAUCUGUUCGAAAGAGUUUCCCAAACUCAGAAAUAGGAAAAAUUUAAUCUGUGUGGACUUCAUAACGAAUUCAGUAUAUAUAGCUGAUUACCCGCGGUGUUUUGUUUUCUAGGCACUUACAGAAGCAAACAACAAGAACCCGCUACAUUCGUCAGGAUGCAAGGUAGAAAGAUUCUGUCAUUUCAUUCCCUAAAAUUGCGCAGUAAAAUUCACAAUGCAUUAAGGCAUUGACUAGAAAAUAAAAGAAGGAAAUGAUUAAUUGUAUGAAGUUUGAAAUUCUGAUUUGGAGCACAGAAUAAUUAAUCUCAUUUAAGAUUCAUUCAGUUUGGUUCACUAAUUUGCGAACGAAAGGAGAAAAUCGUGAUUGCUUCAGAACUCUUUUGAUUUUGUAUCUCAUUGCUUGAAAGGAUGACGCAAUCACUUAACACCAGUCACAAAAGUGCGCUGUUAAUGAGAUUCCAGAUUAUUUCCCACUCUCACUGAGGGGGUCAAAGAGUGGAAACUAAAACUUUUAACAUACCUUCCAACCUAAUUUAGUAUAAAUUUGCAUUUUUCCAAAUCUCGCUGUGGAUGGUCUCCAUGGAAACCUUCGUUUUCUUUCCGCCUUCGUUCGUUGUUUUUCAGCCUGACCCUCCGGUCCCAUUGUUUUGCCUUUUUUUUUGCUUUUUUACUAUGACUGCUGACCACGCUAAUUUUAUUCUGCUUACUUUCAGGGAGAUUCUUGUCCUAAACCAAAGGAUUACUUUCAAGACAACAAGAAAUUCCAUCCCACCUCCUGCCUUGAUUAUUUGCUGAAGGGCGCAUCCGCCUGUGGAAUGUAUCGCCUCUACGACUCUUCCGGCAACAGUUUCCCAGCAUACUGUGACUUCAAGUCCGAGCCUGGUUUUGCAUGGACCCUGGUGAUGUCCUGGGCUAAUAAAAAUCGUGGCUGGUCUGCCUUCCGGAGCACUCCCUUUAACGAAAACGCUCCUGUCAACGAGAAUUCCCUUAUCUGGAAUAUGUACCGCCUGAGUCUGACUCGAAUGAGGUCCCUAAAAGCCCACUCCACUCACUGGCGAGCAACUUGCAGCUACCCGACCCAUGGCAUCGAUUUUACAGACUAUAUCCGCGGUAACUUCAAGGACUUUAAUAUUGUCGACUUUAUUGGGUCUGGUCAGUGCAAGAAGGUGGAGUUCGUGAAUAUCCGUGGGCACAGUGGCUUGCACCUCACCGUACGCUUUUGGCAAGUGGCUAAAAGCUACCUUUUGCAUACGGACAGCCGUUCUUCCAGCUGUAACUUUAACGCGAGGUCCGGCUCAGUGUCAAGUGGAGAUUAUUUUGGUUAUUAUCAAACCAUCAAC